ACAUUACAAUCGUCCAUUUGUCUUUUGACUAGCAAAAUCGUUAUACGUUUGUGAUCUCGUCCUCGUUUCUAAGUUUUUUUACGUUGUGUAUUCUUUUUGUAAUUAUUUUAGAAAAUGUUUCCAGCAGUAGUUGAAUUUCAAGGAGCCCAAUUGCCAAUUAGGCAUGUAAUUUAUAAUCAAGCCACCGAGGGAUAUACCGUCCAUAUUGGAACUAGAUAUGAUAGAAGCCAUGUGAGGCCCGUUACGGAUAUUUUCUUAAACACUGCCGAUAAUUUUCCAACGGGUUCCAUAGUUGUUUCUUAUGAUCCCAUAACUCGAGAGACUGUGCAUGUUUCUGAGCCUGAAGAACACAUUUGUAGAAGGUUAAAUGCUGCAGGCGAAUGUGUUUUAACUGAUUCCGAUGAUAACAUAAGUUCAGAUGAAUCAGGCAGUGAAGAUACAGUUCGUGAAAAACGUCUGUUAAAUAAACGAGUACUAAAAAGAGUGAAGAUUAUAAGCGAAAAAUUGAAAUAUUUCAAUGAGACUACCAAGAAACAAGCGGAAAGUCUUAUACAGGCCAACAAUCGACAAAGGGCGUGGACAAAUCACAUAAUGGAACUACUGGACCGAGUGUCCAUUAAUAUGGCACCCGAAUAAUUUCCAACUUAUAUGACCAACAAAUAUUCAAAAUUCAUAAAGAAUUUUCAAUUGUAUAUAAUAUAUAAAAACCGGGUGUGUUUAUCUCUAUUUCACUUCAUUGACUCAAUUUCACUUAUUUAGUAAAGAUAACACACACCCACAAAA